AUGGACACGGACAAGAGUUCGAAUGACGCCGGCUUUCAUGAACGCCUAACGCGUCACAGCAGUGCGUUUUCACUGUCACUUUCAUUCCGCGGGUCUUCAAAGAGAGGAAGCAUCCUUGAGCCUCGAGAACAAGAGCCAACCUGCUUGGAGAGUGUGCACUAUCCUGUUUUUGGUACUCAUAGCUCACGACAGAGCUCGCAUCUACGACGGAUAUUUCGUCGCUCUGAACUUCGGACAUCCUCCUCGGAUUUCCCUGGGCAGACUGAUGGGACCCCAACCUUUCCACGAAGAACUCUCCACAAGGCACGGUCUGGGCUUUUGGCUCUUAGAGCAGGCCUGUUCGGUCGACCACCUCCUCAAGGCAAUGACCCUUUUGAAAAUGAGACCAAAUCCCUUCCUAAGCAGGGCCACACCCAUCGAAGGACCCAUGGAUUUUCCGACAUCUCAAGCAGCACCCAGGAAGAUCUGAAUUUUGGGACUGAUCUGUACCGAAAUGGCCGAGCUCAGCCACGAACCCUGGAUGAUCUGGAUGGAAAUGUUGUCAAGCAGGUUCCUUCCUUCCAUCCCCUGAAAAAUACUGUCUCUGCACCACAGCCUAGAACAAGUUCUUGUGUCCUGGUAGAUGAUUCAGAACCGGCCUUUGACCAAACUGUGAGUACGCCUGCCGAUCAGCCAUUCGCAUACGAGUCCUACCAGGACAACAUCGUAACGUCUCAUAUUCCGGACGAGGAGACGUUUGCAGAACCAAAUCCAUCGAUUAUCGAAGAUAUACAGAAAGACCGUGCCGAUUAUUUGACUCCCUCUGUUGCCUCAGAAGACCGACACACCCCAGGGUCGUUGUCUGCCAACUCCACAGAUGAGGAUAAUCUAGGUGGAACAAGUCUGCAGUGUUACAAGCAGAAUGUGGAUUCAGAACAGAAGAGAGAUCUUAUGAAGAAUUGGUUGGACCAUGAACAAUGCGCAUGCGAGCAAAUUGAAGAGCUGAGACAAUUAAGCGAGACACGAAACGUACCAUCUUUGGAGAUGCAACUUAAACGCAAUGACUCCUCAGAGUCAUUGGCAUUGCCCGAUUACAGUACUCCAAGUCUUGCAGGGUCAAAAACGCCUGAGCAACGAGGAUCUUUGGUCAUCAGAACUAAGGCUCCUGUCACACAAGAGAGAGUGCUACUUGGUGAUGAUUCCCUGGAACCUCAGGCUUGUGAGUCCCCUGUCUCGGAGUCCAGGAAGUGUUCAGCCAAUGUGAAGAUUGCUUUUCCCGGAUUAUACCACGAACUUUUGGAGCAGUGGGUAAGAGAAAACGAGUUGAGCCCCACGCUUGACCCCGAAUUCCCCAGACUGGAGAGCGAGACCACCUUGAGUACUGUGCACCUUCCCUCAAUUGCCUCCACCACCUCUUCCCAUCUCAACCCAAACAGCCAGCCACACCAUCCCACAGAAUUACCCUGGAGUCUGGACACUCAUCUUAACACGGGACUUGCCCAUAUCCUCAACAAUUUUCACAAAGGGAACGCCUUGGUUUCCUUCACACCCCUCGCCUGUCCUCGUGUAGUGACGGCCCACUGUGUGCAAGAUUCGAUCACCUUCCCCUGCAACAUGGAUGACUACACUCGACAAGCUCGACAAGCUCAAGCCAAUACUGAGAACACUGGGACUCGCGAGGUCCAGUCUGAUCGGCGUCGCCACUCGUUUGGAAUUCACGUCUCUGAGAGAAAUGAAUCUGCCUCGAGAUCUUCUUCCACCCAAGUGAGCCGCCCUGAGAUCCUGCGAAGAUCAUCCGAGGAUCAGCAGCGUCCUGUUAAUGAUCCACCCUUUCCCCCACAUCCUGGCCUCUGGGGUGCCGCCGACUCUCAGUGCGACUCGGACCUCUCUACCAGCUACAACCAGGACAACAGCGCUAUCAACUCUGCAAACUACACUUCGCCUACCUCCAUUUCCUCUGCUCCCUGGUCACCACUUGACUCUCCCAUCGACGAGGAGGCUCUCUUCAGAGCGACCCACAGAGACGAAUACUGGAUGGCCGAUGGCAAGAAUAGCAGCUACUACCCAGACCGUGGUGACUUGCCCGUCAAGGGAGAACAUGUCGCUGGUGAUGGACGAAUUUUCUACGCCUCUGGUAGCGGCCGUGGUUCAUCCAGCAGAGUCCGCCAGCUGACUCGGGCCGAUUUUUCCAACACCAUGCAGCGUUCGUUCCGGCGAGAUGCUCAGGCGAGUGAGGAGCAAGAUGACGGCGAGCCAGAUGAAGAUGCUCCUCCGAGCUCUCAAGCCCAGGCGUGA